GAACCCAUCAGAAAAUGUCCGUCUCUGUAACUUGUGUGGCUCCGGUGAACAUUGCAAUCAUCAAAUACUGGGGAAAGCGUGACGAUGACCUCAUUUUACCGAUCAACGAUUCGAUCAGUGUCACGCUCUCUACGGAAGAUCUCCGAACCAAAACCACCAUCAUGGCCGGGCCAGAAUUGUCGAAGAGCGUUUUGCGUUUGAAUGGGGUCGAGGAAUCGUUUGAAAAUCCACGCAUUCAGAGAUGCCUUGAGGAAGUACGAAAAAAGGCACGCGAUGCCGGAAAGUGCAAGACCCAACUAUUGGACUGGAACAUCCACGUAGAAUCGGAGAACAACUUCCCCACUGCGGCCGGCCUGGCAUCGAGCGCAUCGGGGUAUGCGUGUUUCGUUUACACUCUGGCCACACUGUACGGUAUCGAAGGGAGCGUAGAAUUGAGUGGAAUUGCGCGGAUGGGCAGCGGGUCUGCCUGCCGUAGCCUUCAUUCCGGCUUUGUCCAGUGGGUACGAGGUGAGCGCGAGGAUGGAGCCGAUUCAUUGGCGGUCCAAUUGGCACCGGCAAAGGCGUGGCCCCAAAUGCACGUCCUUAUUCUGGUGGUGAACGAUCGGAAGAAAGCAACCGCUUCAACGCACGGGAUGGCUACGAGUGUGAAAACAUCGGAUCUUCUCAAGCAUCGUGCCGCUGUGUGUGUUCCGCAACGUGUGGAGCUACUGAAAAAGGCGAUAGCGGAGCACGACUUUGAUACAUUCGGUCGCAUUGCCAUGAAGGAUAGCAAUCAGUGCCACGCCGUCUGUCUGGACACCUAUCCACCGUGCUUCUACAUGAACGACGUGUCACGAACGGUCAUCCGUUUGGUACACCAAAUCAACAGCCUUGCUGGAGACGAUGUCCCGGUUAAGGUGGCCUACAGUUUCGAUGCUGGUCCGAACGCGUGUCUUUUUAUGCUGGACCGUGAUGUGGCAGAAAUUUCAGCAAUCAUUCGCCGAGUGUUUCCAUUCAAUCAUUGCACAGCGGACGAGUAUUACAAGGGUAUUGCGAACGAUGAAGCUGCAAUGGCAGCCGUUCCCGGUGUCCUGCUGGAUUCAUUCACACAGGAACAGCCAAACUUGCUGCGCUACAUCAUCCACACGAAAGUAGGCGAAGGUCCGAAACGCGUUGAUUGAACGCGAGCAACAUUUAUACAACACAAGCAAUUCUCAGCAAUGGUGGUAGGUUAUAUCUAGGGAUUUCAAAUACUAAAGUUCAGUCUUAUAUCAUGGCUUCCAUGAUUAACGCUCAGGGUUCAACGGAAACUGCUUAUUUAUUUUUUGUAAUAAAAUUCAGGAAAAAGAUGACUUUU